CUGUUAGUCAACUGCCAAGAACGGACUAUCGUGCUCGUAUUGUAUAUGUAACAUUGGUAAUGACAACCAUUGCAAUACUGUGAAGUUUCUUAUUUUUUUGUCAAGAAACAAUUGAGUGUCGAAGUCGAUAAUUUGCCCUAUAACCUCGUAUUGAAAGCUCUCAACCGUUCCGAUUUUGACAUUUUCGUCGAACGAAACUAACGUGCGCGCGUAAAUACAUCGCGCAAUAUCUAAUGCACUUCUUGUUAUUUUUAUAAAUUAUUUCAUCAAACGAUAGAAAAAUGGAUUCAAGUAACGAUGAAGAACCACCGGCCAGUCAGUCUCAGCGUAGGAAGAGGAAGAUAAAUAACGAUGAAGAAUGCAGGUCUAAACGCGUCAAGGAAGGUGAUAGUAAUUCUUCAUCGCCCGAGGAUGAUCCCGAGCACGUUGCUGGGAAAAUAAAGCGGAUAUUUAUGAAGAAUUUCAUGUGUCACGAUGCCAUGGAAGUUAAAUUUAAUGACAAAAUAAAUUUCAUUGUCGGAGCAAAUGGUAGUGGUAAAAGUGCUAUUCUUACUGCACUCACUGUUGGUUUGGGUGCAAAAGCUAAAGCAACGAAUCGAGGACCAUCUAUCAAAGAAUUUAUUAAAAAAGGUAGAAAUUCUGCUCUUAUUGAUAUUACCAUAACAAAUGGUGGAACAAUGGCCUAUAAACAUGAUGUGUACGGAGACAAAAUUACUGUCGUUCGAAGUAUUUCACAUACAUCUUCCUCGUACAAAAUUAAAAAUUGGAGAGGUGAAAUUGUGUCCACUAAACGUGAAGAGCUUGAUCAUAUGUUACAAUUUUUAAAUAUUCAAGUUGAAAAUCCAAUCUCAGUAUUAAAUCAAGAUGUUUCAAGAUCAUUUUUAUCAUCAACAGGUUCCGAUGAUAAAUACAAAUUAUUUAUGAAGGCAACCAGAUUAGACGUUAUCGGUGAAAACUACAAAAUUGCUAUUAAAGAGUGUAAUGAAGCUGAUUUACGCUUAAAAGAUGCACAAGGUUAUUUGAAUGAGUCACAAAAAGAUAUAGAAGAUCUUGAACACAAAUUGAAUGAAUUGAAUUCUGUCGAUGAACUAAAAGAUAAACUCAAACUAUGUCAAAACGAAAUUAAAUGGGUGAAAGUUGCAAAACAACAAAAAAAAUUACUCGAAAUUGAUGAGUUGAAGCAAAUAGAAGAACAAAAACUUGAGGAAUUAAAAGAUUUAGAACAAACUAAAGUUAUCAAAGCACAAAAAAUUGAUUCAAAGAUAGAGAGCUUGCACCAAGAAAUUGCUCAAACAGAAUCAGAAGCAGCUGAUAGCAGUGCUAAAUUAAAUGAUGCUAAGAAAUUUUACACAUCAGCUAAAAGAGAUCAUGAACAAAGGAAAAAACAAAUAACUGAUCUUAAAAACAGUAUCCAAAGAAAAGAACAAGAUAUGAAUCAGCUUCAGAGCGAGAUUAAAAAAAUGGAACUGGAGUCUAGUGCCCUGGAUCAUCGAAGGCAAGAAGCCAAAGCUAAUUUAGUUAAUUAUGAGCAGCAAAGUCAUGAAGUUGAAGCAACUUUAAGAACAAAACAAACAGACUUGAUGCAUUUGGAAGAAAACAAAAGACGUUUAGAAAAUGAGUGUUCUAAACUUAAAAUGGAAUUAGAUUCUAAGAACAUGGCACUCAAUCAACAUAAACAACGACUGAAUGGGUUGAAAAAUGAGUCUAAUAAUGCUCUGAGUGUCUAUGGACCGAACAUGCCCAGGCUUUUGAAGCGCAUUGAUGAAGCAUAUGAAAAAGGGAAAUUCAUAGAAAAGCCAGUUGGUCCACUUGGUAUUUUUAUCAAAAUAAAAGAUCAAAGUUGGGUUCCUGCUGUUGAAAAUCAAUUGACUUGGGGUACUCUGUCUUCUUUCUGCGUAGAUAAUAGUCAAGAUGCACGCAUUUUGAAUACUAUCAUGAAAGAAAUUUUUCGUGGUGACAGAGUGCCGCAAGUAGUUAUAAGCAAAUUUUAUGAUCAUAUGCAUGAUGUGAGUCAAGGUUGCGUCCGGUCAUCUAGAUUUUCAAACUUAUUAGAUGCAAUGGAAAUAUCUCACCCUGUUAUUGCUAAUUCUCUAAUUGAUCAAAGAGAAGUUGAAUGUACAAUUCUUAUUCCUACUUCUGAAGAAGCUUGUAAUAUUAUGAAUGAGGCGAGCCGGGUUCCUCACAAUACAAAACGAGCUUUCACUAUGGCAGCUGAUUUAUUUUUUCCAGAUCCUAAUUACAGAACAUAUGGUGGUAAAGUUGGUCGUCCGAAAUAUCUUCAAGUUUCUACUUCUCAAGCCAUUCAGUAUUUAAACGAGGAAAUAAGUGUUAUUGAGGAGGAAUUAAAUACCACUCAGAUGCGAUUCACUGAAGUUAGAGAAAAACUUCGACUCAAUCAAAGUGAAUAUCGAGAGGUGGAACAACAAGUUAAAAAAUUCAAAAUCAGACAUCAAGAAUUGAAAAAUCUGAUUGACGAAAAUAAAGAAGUACUUGAGUCUGUGAACAACAAUACUCUAAAUACUUUUGCGACUGAAGUUGAAGAACUUGAAAGAUUAAUAACUUUGAAAAAAGAAGAAAUGAACGUACUAACUGAAGAAGAUCGUAAAUCGUAUAAAGUAGUUGAAAGUGCUAGAGCUGAAUUGAAAAAAUAUACUGAUUUAGCUCAAAACCUUGAUUCUCGAUUGAAUCCGAUCAAGGAUCAAAUAAAAGAAUUGAAAGAUGAAAAGAACAGAAUGAACUUGGAAAAUCAAGGCACUAGUCGUAAAAUGCAAGAGACUAAGAAGAAUCUACAGAGAUUAAGUGGUGAACAUGAACAACAGCAAAGAGUUGUAACUUCUUUAUUGCAAGAAGCUGAAAAAGAAUGUCCAAAAAUAUCAUCUAAAAGAUCUAUUGGAGAAAUCGAACAAGAAAUGAAAGAACUUUCAUCCAAAAUAUCGGGUGUUGAAAGACAACAUGGUUCAAAAGAAGAUUUGAUAAAAGAGUUGAAUGAGAAAAAAGGAAAACAUGGCGGAAUUUUACAGUUUGCUUGUGAACUUCAAAGGAGUAAAGAUAACCAUUAUGAAAGAUUGAAGAAACGUAAAUCAUUGUAUAAUGAUAUGAAAAAAGAAAUCGGCGAUCGUGUUCAACUAGCAUUCCAAAAUGCAUUGAGCUUGCGACAGUAUAAAGGAAAAAUAAAUAUAGAUCACAAAAAACUUCUAUUGUCCUUGGAAGUGGCUCCAAGUACUGAUAACAAGCGUCCCACUAAAGAUACAAAAGCAUUAUCAGGAGGUGAACGUUCCUACUCUACUGUAGCUUUUAUUUUGUCUUUGUGGGAUUGUACAGGAUUACCAUUCUAUUUUCUUGACGAAUUUGAUGUGUUCAUGGAUAAAAUAAAUCGUCGUGUUAUCAUGGAUAUUCUACUGGGUUUUGCUAGGAAUAAACCUCAGUGUCAGUUUACUUUCUUAACGCCAUUAGAUACUUCUCACGUUACAGCUGAUAGUACAAUUACUAUUCAUAGGUUGGAUGCACCAGAGAGAUCUACUUAAAAUAUUACCGUUAAGAUUCAAAGAUAUCUUACAAAUGUUUUAUUUUUCUAAAGUUGAUCUAGUUAAUAAUUUGUUAAAUUAUUCUAUAAUUUAUGUGUUAAUGUUCCAGUUAAAAGUAUUAAAAUUAAAUGUUUUCUGUCUAUAUGACUAGCCAAAAUUGGUGCCUUAUUUGUAAUGAUAUAAUAAUCAUCAAAAAGUCAAGUAUGUGUUGAAUACAAAAAACAUAUAGUCUA